AGCAAAUUCUGCUAAAUGACAAGUAAUGAAGGUAUUCAUGCAGCUGCUUAUAUAAGCCUCAGCAAGAUUCAUAUUCUGACACUUCAGUUCAGUCAAGAUCGAGGUAUCAUGACAAGCAAACUCUUUUCAAGCAUCCGUCACUUCAGCUUUGGGAAGAAGGGAUCAAGGGACAAGGUAUCCCUUGACGCCAUUGACGAGCCAGGAAUGAUAGUAGGGCUCCUCUACAGUGCCUACUGGUGCCCAGCUUGCAUUGAGUUUACAAAAAAGGUUGCCCGUUGGUACGAGAAAAUCCAACAAAAAUCUGCUCUUGGUAAGAAGACCUUGGAGAUAGUCUUCAUCAGUUUUGACAGGGAUGAGAACGAAUUCAACAAGCACUUUGAUACCAUGCCUUGGCUUGCAGUUCCAUAUGAAGAUAAGAGGGUUUGCAACAAGCUGAGUCAAACCUUCCAUGUCCACAGCAUCCCAACACUCCUGCUGUUUGAUGGUAAAACCGGGACUCUCCUUACUAAAGAUGGAAAGGGCAUUGUUGAGGAAGAUCCAGAUGGAGAUGAGUUCCCAACUAUUGUCUUGGAGGUUGAGCAAAAGCCUUGAAUGAAACAUGGAAACCAUUCAAGUGCAAGCCCAGGACUAAAAGACUAUAACUAUAUAACUAAAACAUUAAUAGGCCCUUUUCCAUAGAUAGCUAUAGUUACAUGUACUUCACAUUGUUUUAGGCCUUUUUUCCUUUUUGGUUGAGUUUCUUCUUUCAUUAAAAGUUUAAAAA